AUUUCAUACCUUUAGUAAGUCAGAGUCACAGUGAAUGCAUUGGGAACAUAUUAAGUCGCAAAUACAGUCGAAGAAAUCAAGGGAGUUUUAAGAACAUUACUUUGUUAAGGCUUUACGGGAGACACAGCAACAACAACAACAUUGCGCUACACAUUGCCAGUGGAGAUAGGUUUAGCAUUCUGUGUGAAAUGUUCCACAGAAGAUCUGGGGUGUGUUCCAUUCGUCGAUCUGACCGCCACUGGUGGAAGAUUCAGUGGCCACCGAAGGACAGAGUGUGACCUCCCAAUGUUCCAGAAGUCGCGUCAAGUUGCGUUUUGUCAGUAUUUCGUCAACUACACAGAACAAGAGAAACAGUAUUCCAUGGAGAUGAAGAGGCUCUGAAAGCAGCAAGAGUACAAAUAAACAGCGAGUUCAAGAAAAAUAAACAUGUAACAGAUGCAUCAGAAAUUCAAAAGCUGAUUCAAAUAGCUGAAGAAAGUGAGAAGUUAUUACGGACUGAGGUGGUGCAGGGGAGACGGGUUGGGGAAAACACUUACCAGGUUGUUAUAACAAAGGAUACACUGCUGGGGGAAAACACAAUAUUUAAAGACGAUGCUGUUUUACCUGCUCGAGGAAGGCAAAGGAAAUGUAGUGACAAGCAAGACAUUACACCCUAGUCCACAGAGACUGGCCUGAGUGACUGGAAUCUGCCUCAGGAAUAGCUCUAAAUGUCACACAUUUGUAUUUGUUCAUUGUCAAUUAGCCUGAUAGUACACCAGUGUGACUUGACCUGUAGAUGUACAGUUACAGGUAUCUGUAGUGAUUAGAAUUUUAAAUGUUCCCCUGUCAUAUGCUCUGACUUUUUAGUUUUGCCACAGCAUCCCGUGUCUACUUAUCCAUACAGUAAUACACAGGUAGGCAGUAUGGCCAGUUUGGAUGUUCUCAAUGCAUUUGACAAAGCUCCGAGUCAUAAUGCUUUGACAGUUCUAUUGUUGGGGUGCCAAGGUGUAGGUAAACAGAGACUGGCUCGUGCUAUAAUAGACAUUGACACACAUUUCUCUGUGGCUAUCAGGACAGCCACAUCAUUGCCCUUGCCCAGGGAGAAGGAGGCAGAGCGUCCCAGGAUAGACUUCAUCUGCUUCAUGAUUGACCUGACUAACAAGGAGAGCGUCAAAGUGGUGGAGAGUUGCCUAAGCAAGGUUGACGUGGAAUACUUCCUGGGCAGAUCCUGUCUGGUGGUCAGUAAGGUACAGGACACUGUCAAGAACAUAGUGGACCUUGAACAAGUCAUAGACUUGGCUGACAAGUACAACAUGCACACUCUCUGUGCCCAGUCUCAGGAUGAGGCGCAGUUGUCUGCCCUUGGCAAGCGUAUAAUCCAGAUGGUGCUGAAUGCCACAGGGUUCAAGAAGUACAUCACUCCAUCUGUGAUUGACACAACUAAAGAGUAUGGCUUGCCUAACCUCUUGUAAAUCAAAUUGAUUCUGUGGGGUAUGUGUUUAGUGAAUCACCAAGUCUUUAAAACUGGUAAUAGUGGAAAGAUAGAUUUGCUAUUUACCUCUUUUAUAUGUGUAAAUGUCAGCAGUAAAUCUGAUUUUGUUUACAAUGGUGAUGAGAUGAAUGUCCUAAGAGACAAGGACAGGGUGAUACAAGAGGUGCUUGUUUUGUCUGAAGUGUUGUGUGUGUGCAUACGGAAACCUCGCUAUUGAUGAGUAGUAAGUAUGGCGUUUAGUCAAUAAAACUCAAUGUUAUCAUUGAUACUACUCUGCUGUGGAUUCAAGCCUUGAAGUUGCCAAUUUAAAAAAAGUGUUUUCUAAUGCAUGCCAUGAGUUUAUCCUUCACUGCAGAGGAUUGUCAGGUACCUGGUGAGGCCGUCAUUUCCUCAGAACAACUUGGUUUCCUCCCACCAGUGAACCUGACCUGUGACAUGGCCGUGAUGCAAGUAAAGCAAUAUUUUAGUGCGGUGCUAAUCUCCUGUCAGUUAAAACAUCCUACACUGGUGUUUAUUUCAUUUAUGUCUGACACCUUAAUAAAGAGUUUUUCACUUUAAUAUACGACAUAUAUGUGUGUAACAGUAAUCUGAAUGGAUAUCACUGAUUAUUUUGUGGGGUUUCAUAAUCAUUUUUCAUCUUUCAACAGAAAUGAUUGUUGCAAAAAUUCAACAAGUAGAUAGAAAACAGCAUACAGAAAAAGAGCAGAUUUAAACAUUGAUCUUCAGCAUUAGAUUUUAUAUGGAAGUGUCAAAAAAUGUAUCAAAAGUACUUGACAUUUUACCAGAAAAUGUUUUGUGAUUGUCUUUUUCAAACGCUUGUGAAUGAAAUUUGUAUAUACGUGUAUCAGUACAGUAAGAUAGCU